AUGAGCCUCGUAAUCGACCUCGAGAUCCGGCAGCUCUGUGUCGUUUACAAUGCCUCGCAGCUUGAUGAUGUGGGGCGUUAUCUCGAUACGCGCAUGGGUACUGCCAGUAUAAUGCUGUAUAUCGAUUCUCCAAGCCCUCUCAAGAUCUUCCGUGCUUGUCUGCCCUUCCAGUCGGCCUAUGCAUGGCACCUCAAUACGGAAGUCGUUAGCCUUGAAGACGGCGAGCCUCCCAUUCUGCCCCACAUCACCAUGCUGGGCAGAUUCCGGGGAGAAGCGAUCAAGGCGUACAACAAAUCCUUUAAUGAGGCAUUUGUUUUCUUUUACUCGACUAUCGUCGGUGAAGAAACGCCCCUCGCUCAUGCCAUCCAAGUAGUCACCUCUGCUAUCGACUUUGAACUCGAUCUCGGUUGCAGGAAGCAGCUGGCUCGCAAAUACCAUCUCGAUGGCAGUUUGAAGCAUUCUACUCGCAUGGCGGACAUUCAGCCAAGCGCGAACAACCGCUUUAUCAUCUUCCAUAACUAG